UAAAACCAUGUACUUAAUGGUCUAAGGUAGAAACCAAUUCGAUAAUUUGACGACACCAUCGCCGCAGCCACACACCUACUGUAAGCGAAUUUAACAUAUUUAAGUCUGUGGAUAACGGAUUUUGACAUGACCAUAGAUAAGGUUUUCUGUUGUUCAUAGAAAUGAUAUGUGACGGAAGUUUUAACCUAAGAAAACCAUGGCUCCAAUAGUUCAAGACAAAACAAAAGAUGUAAAUAAAAGUUGGAAAGAAAUAAAUAAGAUAAAAAAGGAACAGAAAAAAAAAUGGAAAGAAGAAAAAUUAAUGAAACAAUUUAAAAAAGUUGAAGAACAAAAGGAUAAUGAUCAAAAGAAUGAUGAAAAAAAUAUAACAAAAUUAUCGGAUUUGUCAUCCGUAAGCAUUGCUUUACCUGGUUCGAUCUUAGAAAAUGCUCAAUCUCCACAGCUGCGCGCGUAUUUAGCGGGCCAAAUUGCACGAGCUGCAUGUAUUUUUCAAGUCGAUGAGAUUGUUAUAUUUGAUGAUAUGUGUGAUAUUGCUGUAGGUAAAAAGUCAAAAAUUGAGGAUGAGUCAGGCUUGAAAAUUGCAAGAAAGUGUUGUGUACAGUUAGCGAAUCUAUUACAAUACUUAGAAUGUCCACAAUAUUUACGAAAAUAUUUAUUUCCAAUACAUUCGGACUUACAAUUCGCUGGUUUAAUGAAUCCACUAGACGCACCAAGCCAUUUACGACAAAACGACGACUUUAUGUUCAGAGAAGGUGUUGUUACAAAUAAACCGGUAAAAGCUGGACGUGGAUCGGCAGUAAACGUAGGUUUAUACCAAGAUGUAAUCAUUGAUAAAGUUUUAACACCAGGAGUACGUGUUACAGUAAAAUUAGAACCAAGAAAUGCCACACAUGGUAAGAAACAAUAUGGUCGGGUGAUAAGUCCAAGAAUACCUCGAAUUGAAACAGGCGUUUACUGGGGCUAUACUGUGCGAAUAGCUAAUUCACUUAGUGAAGUUUUUACGGAUUCACCUUAUGAAAAAGGAUAUGAUUUAACAAUUGGAACUUCAGACAAAGGAUCAUCUGUAGAUGAAGUAGAAAAAUUUGAAUAUAAACAUCUUUUGAUAGUUUUUGGUGGAUUGCAAGGUCUAGAGGCUGCUCUUGAAAGUGAUAACAGUCUCAAUGCUGAUAAUCCAAGUCUACUGUUCAAUUACUAUUUAAAUACGUUGCCACAACAAGGUUCGCGAACAAUACGAACUGAAGAAGCUAUUUUAGUUAGUUUAGCCGCGUUACGAACCAAAUUAUGCCCUAAAAACGCACCGAAAAUUUUCAACAACUACAGUGAAUAUGCAGUUAACAGUGAUGAAUCUUCUAAUAACAAAACAACACAAAAUGGAGAUUUAAGCAGAUUUGAUUAAAUGUUAAGCGUAUGAAAAAUGAAAAAAAAUGUGACUUCGAUUACUUUGAAUAAAUCGAUGAUAACUUUCUAAAUUAUGUUUUAGUCUGAAAUUCUCAUUUUUUGAAAAAGUGAUCAUGCAAACACGAUAGAGGAUAAAAAUUUUAACC